AUGGUUGCUCCAGCGUGCUCCUGUAAGAAAAGGAGGGAGGACGAGGGAGAGGGAGAGAGAAAACCGGGAGGAAGGAGAGAAACGAGGGGAGGCACGGCAGGGAGCUGUGCUGCUGGUUUCUCCGGUGAAGAGCAGAUAGGGCGCGGACGUUCGCGGGAGUGGGCGGCAUUUGGCGACGGAGGCGCUGGUCGGGGAGCGCGUGGUGCGAGCUCCCAGGGGGAGAUGGACGAGGACGAGGACGAGGACGGUCUGGUGCGCUGCUGCGUAUCACAUAUAGUAGCAGAGACUCAGCAUGGGGGUCUGCCGCUUGAAGAGAUGCAAAUGUUGCAACUUCACCAGAGGUUCUAUGUUGGAGUUCUGUGUGUCGGUGGUUCAAGUUCACAAGGAUUGGCACCAUGGACUGGAGAAUCGUCGCAACCAUCAUGGACACACCAGGGGCAGGGGCUGCAUGCAGCCAAGUCCGAGGCGGCUGCCAAGAAGACUGGGCUCGAUGUAGUGACCGAGGAGGCGCAUGCCGCAGGGUAUGCUCUUCUAAUUAGUAUCAUGAUUUGCAUAUGUACCAAUGCUACUCCCAAUGGAUUUGCUAACAAUCUUCAUAUUUUCGUAUUGAAUGUGGAGAUCCAGCCUUUUUUGCUAAUAAAUCUAUAG